AUGACGCAUCUCAACUCAGCGGCGCAGAGGCGGAGCUUCGCCCCCGCAUGUCUUGUGCUGGCGUUCUCACUAGCUCGCGGCCUCGACGUGCACGCCUUCGACCGACCUCAGACUUCUACGCUCAGUCUGCGUGGUGGAGAGGUGCAUGGAAGUGGCAGGUACGAGCGAAGGCCAGGGCAGCGAGGUCACCAGCCUCAAUCACAUCAGAACCGAAACAGGAGAGACGUGCUGUAUACCAUCACGGAUAAAGAUUUUGCGGAGGAGAACAUUACAAACAAGACCGAGCUUCUGUCUAUGGCUAUGGCGUCUUGGAGGUCCAGCGAUGAUGAGGCGUCUAUACAAUGUUUCAAACUGGCCAUGGAUUUGGAUCCGGCAGAUCCCGGCCCGAUGAUUGCAACAGGAAUCAUCUUGCAGCAACGAAGACGACCUGAGGAAGCAUUGGCAAUGUUCGAAAGUGCUCUGUCGGUAGAGCCCAACAACACACAGGCUGCUUGUCUGUUAGCAUCGCUGAAGGUUGAGUAUGGGCAGUGCGAUGAAAGCAGACGGCUGGUGGAACGAGCAUUAGAACUCGAUCCUAAUGACCACAAGAUCGUCAGUUUGAUGGGCGAGAUCCUUCUCUUCUCGUACGGAGAAGGAGCGGAAGCGGAGAAGCUGCUCUUGAGAGCGCUAGAGCUACGACCGGAGCACGCGCCUUCUCUCUGCCUGCUUGGCAUCCUCUACUGGAAGGGAGCUCCUCUCUCCGCAACUGCGGGACAAGCUUUCAUGCCAGACUUGAAUCGAGCAGAAGAUUGUUUUAGGAGGGCUCUGAAAUCUGACCCGUGCUUCACCCUCGCUCUAGUCAGCUUCUCUGAGUUUCUGAUACAAUCGUCGAGUUGUCUGCCUCGAGCUCGUCGCCUUGAGAGAUGCCUCGCUGUUGAACCGCUUCUCCUCCGUGCCAUCACCAUCAACUACAUGGACGUUCAGACCUGGCUGAUCUUGUUUCGCUUCCUCUGGCUCCUCGACAUGGAGUACAUGGAGUCGAAGAAAGAUGCCAAGGACAUUGAGAAGAUCAAUAGACUAGACGAGAAGGAAGUUUUCAAAGAUUUCUUUGAAGCUCUCAAGACGAGCGGAGAGGAGGAGGCUCUCCGUAAGAGCGCAGCCAAGGCUGUGAAGAAGUGCAUGCAGUUGACGGAAGAGGAGGUGAAAAUGCUGGAGGCUCGUCACCUCGACAGGUUCAACAACUCUUACAAGACGAGGUCGAACGUUCGCAACGAUCCGCACCAUCAACUUUGCAACAUGAACACAAAGAUAGGAGAAGAGCUGCUGUGGAAGGACUUUCGGGUGAAAGGAGUCUCAAAGAAGACCCUGAGGAGCGUGCUGGAUGAGGCAGCGAAUUACAUGCACAGCGUCCAUGAGUACUUCGAUGCGGCCGAGUACUUGUCAGCUCUCGCCCUGCAGGUGGACCCGGAGGAUCGGCUGGGGAAUGCCGUCAGCCUGGCAGGACGAGCAAAGACGCUGAUGAAGCUGACGGGGAAGAAGACGGAAGGAGAAGCAGUGCUCAAGGAGGCGAUUGAGAUGCUGGAGACUCAGCUGGUCGAGUGUCGCUCCCUCCCUGCAGAGGCGCGGGAAGUGCAGAUCUCUCUGAUGCUCGUGCUGCUCGAGCUGACGCACCUCAAGAUGGAUCUUGCAAGCUCGUCGCAUUAUUCUCCAGCGAUGAAGAGGCAGCACCUGGAGGAGCUCGAGUCCAUCGCCUCUCGAGCUCUUCUCUUAGCGCAGACAGUUCAGGUCCCAACGCUUCUCGUCCCCUGCUACUUCAACUUCGCACUCGUCCAGUGGGAGCACAAGAAAGACGUCGAGCAAGCGCUAUCUGCCCUCAAGUCAGCAGAGGAGCUGGACCCCAAACAUGCACGGACGAAGUUGUUGAUAGCACAAGUCUACUGGAAGGGAUCGAAGGACUUUGUGAAAGCAGAGGAGAAGUUGAGGGAGCUGCUGAUGCUCGACGACCUCCCAGAGGAGAUCAGGCGCACGGGGCUGACAGAUCUUAUGUCAAUCUUAUCGAGAUUCCCGGGGCGAGAGAGGUAUCACGAGGCCGCGGAGCUCUUCCUACUCCUCGAGACUCUCCUGCCGGACUCAGAGGCGGUUGAGCAACAUCGCAACUACUUGCAGACAGUCUGCCCUGAGGUGAUGGAGGCAGUUCAACGUGAGAAGUUGGAGGAAGCUGAGAGCAACAUGGAGAUGAGGGCGAAGAACAUCAUCACACAACAUCUUCUGGGCACAUGUGCGAUAUCGACAGUCUCAGCUGGUCCGCUGGCACAUCGCGUGCUGAGGAAGACGAUGAGGCUGCUGGUGGCUGUCGGUAUGGAUGGGCCGGCAGUGUGUGGGAUGACCUGGGGUAUGGGGAAGGGCAACAGAAGUUGCGAGCUGUUGGCGGAGGAGGAAGCCUUGAUGAAUCUGAUCGAGGAGAUGGCCGAGAGGAGGCUAGUGAGCCCAAGUGUCAUCGCUCUAGCAACCACAGCAACUCUACAGGGCAUUGACAACCUUCGAUCUCGCUUUCCAAGAACCAUCGUUGUGCUAGCAAGUCUGGUGAGGAUCACCAGUGCUGCUGCUGCUGCUGCUGCUGCUGCUGCUGCUGCUGCUGCUGCUGCUGCGGACCUAUCGGACAGUAAUGCAACUGCAGGUUGGUCGGUUGUCAGCAGGAGGAUGGAUAGAUUUUUAUCCUCUGCGGGAGCUGCUCGCAUCAAGGCUGGAUGUUGGUCGACCUCCUGUUGUGUUCGUCUUGACUCGCUUCUCAAGAUCCGCCAAGAAUUCGUCGACAUCUGCCUUGCCGCUCUUCGCCGUCGAUGGCAGCAGGGGGGAUGGUGUGCGGAUGGUCAAGCAUGGACUUGCUGGGGAAUCGUCGAGCUCGAGGAGGAGAUGAUGCCUCCGGAAGAGACCUACAACGAGAGCGCCGUCCCCAACUGCAGCAUCGCAAGCGUUCGAGACCUCCAGGGUCCUCUUCCUCGAGGAGCUGCUCGUCGAAGGCUGGAGAAGCUUUGCCACGAAGUCCACGAGCAGCUCAAGCCUCAUAACCUGACCACCUACGAAGAUAUUGGAACAUUUUAUGAUCCUGCGCUGCAAGUGUGCCCGGAAGACAUCGGCAACACCAUCCAAGUCAUGUCCAACAAGCUUGAACCAGAGGACCAGCAGUACGCUUCAAGCUUUCACCCGACAGCCCGCGGCCAGGGCAGAGCAGGGCAAGACAGUCAGAGGUCCUCCGGCUCACGGCCACUGCGACCUCGGGUUGGUGAUCGGACGCGCGACGACUCUAACCGUUACUACUAA